GAGCCGCCUGUCAGUCGGUCUGUCCGUCUGGUCCGGGCAGCCGGCGGGGGAGGUGGUGGUUUCAUGGCAGCUGCGGUGCCCGGCGCCCCCGCCCCUCUUCAUGUGGUGACUGGGGGAGAGAAGGCCGGGCCCGCGGGGUUCGGUCCCCCGCCCCCCUGAGGAGGAGGCUGGGGAGCCGCUAUGGCAGCGCCGCACAGAUGAAACUUUGACUUUCCUGAAGGGUGUUCCUGUGGAUUUUGCGAAUGAACAUCCCUGAUACCCUCAGCCUUCCUGAGAUGGCAAGUCCGGCAGUCAGCCCAGACUCUUCCUCCCACGAGGCUCUUUCUUCUGUCAACUCUGCGCCCGCAUGCUCCCCCACCUCAGAUUCAGAGAACCUAAGCCCAGAUGAGCUGGAGCUGUUGGCAAAGUUGGAGGAACAGAACAGGCUGCUGGAAGCAGAUUCCAAGUCCAUGCGCUCCAUGAAUGGCUCCCGCAGGAACAGUGGCUCCUCCUUGGUCUCCAGCUCCUCAGCCUCCUCAAACCUAAGCCACCUCGAGGAGGACACCUGGAUCCUAUGGGGGAGGAUUGUCAACGAAUGGGACGAAUGGCGGAAGAAGAAAGAGAAACUGCUGAAGGAGCUCAUACGGAAAGGAAUCCCACACCACUUCCGAGCCAUCGUAUGGCAGCUGCUGUGCAGUGCCACAGAUAUGCCUGUCAAGAACCAGUAUUCAGAGCUGCUGAAGAUGUCUUCCCCCUGCGAGAAGCUGAUUCGGAGGGAUAUAGCCCGCACAUAUCCUGAGCAUGAGUUCUUCAAGGGACAGGACAGCCUAGGCCAAGAGGUCCUUUUCAACGUCAUGAAGGCCUAUUCCCUAGUGGACCGUGAGGUUGGAUAUUGUCAGGGCAGCGCAUUCAUCGUGGGAUUGCUGCUAAUGCAGAUGCCUGAAGAAGAGGCUUUCUGUGUGUUUGUGCGACUGAUGCAGGAAUAUCGAUUACGAGAGCUAUUCAAACCCAGCAUGGCUGAGCUGGGCCUCUGCAUCUACCAGUUUGAGUACAUGCUGCAGGAGCAGCUGCCUGAUCUGAACAUUCACUUCCGCUCCCAGAGUUUCCUCACCUCCAUGUACUCGUCGUCCUGGUUUCUCACCCUCUUCCUCACGACCUUCCCUCUGCCUGUGGCCACUCGAGUGUUUGACAUCUUCAUGUAUGAGGGUCUGGAGAUCGUCUUCCGUGUGGGGAUGGCCCUCCUGCAGUUCAACCAGGCAGAGCUGAUGCAGCUGGAUAUGGAGGGGAUGUCGCAGUAUUUCCAGAAGGUGAUUCCUCAUCAGUUCGACAGUUGCCCGGACAAGUUGAUCCUGAAGGCAUACCAGGUCAAAUACAACCCCAAGAAAAUGAAGAGGCUGGAGAAGGAGUAUGCUGCAAUCAAAAACAAAGAGAUGGAGGAGCAGAUUGAGAUCAAAAGGCUCCGGACUGAAAAUCGCCUCCUGAAGCAGCGGAUCGAGACCCUGGAGAAGGAGAGCGCUGCCUUGGCAGAUAGACUGAUCCAGGGCCAAGUCACCCGCGCACAGGAGGCCGAAGAGAAUUACAUCAUCAAGCGAGAGUUGGCGGUGGUGAAGCAGCAGUGCAGCUCAGCCACGGAGAACCUGCAGAAGGCCCAGAGCACCAUCCGGCAGCUGCAGGACCAACAGGGAAACCCCCGGUUCACGGAGGAGUUUGUGAAUCACCUGGAAACAGAGUUGGAGCAGUCGCGUCUGAGGGAGACGGAGACAUUGGGCGCACUCAAGGAGAUGCAGGACAAAGUGCUGGACAUGGAAAAGAAGAACAGCUCGCUGCCCGACGAGAACAACGUGGCCCGUUUGCAGGAGGAGCUCAAGGCAUUGAAGGUACGCGAGGUGGCGGCGCUGACCUCAUUCAAGGAGCUACAGCUGCAAGUGAAGGAUCUCAACGACAGCUGGCAGGCUCAUCUGUCGCGGACAGGCGGGCGCUGGAAGGAGUCCCCCCGCAAGAACACCAUGAACGACCUCCAGGACGAGCUGAUGACCAUCCGCCUGCGGGAGGCCCAGGCCCAGGCCGACCUCCGUGAGCUGCGGCAGAGACUGGUGGAGCUUGAAACCCAGGAUCAGAUUCACAGUAAUCUGCUGAACCGGACGGAGCAGGAGUGCCUAGGGCUGCAGGAGAAGCUGCAAUACCUCACUGCCCAGAACAAAGGGCUGCAGACGCAGCUGAGUGAGACCAAGCGCAAGCAUGCGGAGUCCGAGUGCAAGAGCAAAGAGGAGGUGAUGGCAGUGCGGCUGCGGGAGGCCGACAGCAUGGCAGCCGUGGCAGAGAUGCGGCAGCGGGUCGCUGAGCUGGAGAUCCAGAGGGAAGAAGGGAUGAUCCAGGGCCAGCUGAACAACUCUGACUCUUCCCAGUACAUCCGGGAGCUCAAGGACCAGAUUGAUGAGCUCAAGGCUGAGAUCCGGCUGAUGAAGGGCCAGAAGCCCUUUGAGGACUCCAUGGGCUUUGAUGGCAUCCACAUUGUGAGCCACCUGGCGGUGGACGAGGACUCGCUGCACUCCUCAGAUGAGGAGCUGCUGACCAACCCCAUGGUGGUGGGCGCGCUGCAGGACGUGCUGUACCCGCUCUCACCCUGCAAUGCCCGCUUCCUGCGGGGCAUGGAGAGCUCCGGCAAGGAGAGUGACGGCUCCACGGACAGUGAGCCUGAGGACCCCACCUCCACCACGGAGGCCGAUGGCGAGAUGGAGCCGCAGAUCAUCUUCGGAGAGACCCUCAGCAAGUGAGAGGAGAUGCCGAUGCCAGGGGGGUCCCCCCCCUCCACCAAACGGGCACUGAGCGCACAGCCUGGAGAGAAGAGACUCCUCUCCUUGGUGCUCUCAGUAGCAGCAGGUGGGGGAGAUCAUAGACCCAACACGAUGGCUGGGCUCAGAGAGCAUUGCACGUUCGCUGCCAUGCGGGGACAGCUCUCCAGCCAGCCUGUGUUAUACAGAACCUCUACUUUGAUUGUUGUCUGCACUGCCUUUCUCCUGCUCUGUCAUCACCAGUAGUUACACUCCGACUCCAUUGAGUAACCCUCGUUCGCCCCACCCCUCCCCUAAUGCCUCCUUCUUGUAUUGCCCUCCCCCAAAAGUUUGCACACUUGAGAACUCAGCUCAAUGUCAUUGUGAGCGGGGGUGGAAGCGGCAAGGCCGCUGGAUAUCCGGGCCCAAUGACCAUCCACCGAGUCUGAGCACCCGUGGGCAACUGGCCAACAAACCAUUUCCCUCCCCUCCACACUCAGAGGGCGGGAAGUUGGGUCCCUCUUCCUUUUAUUUAAAUGUGUGUCCCCGAUGAUCCUGAGAGCAUCUGCUCGGAGAGGGGAGAGUUGGAGGCCUUCAUAUCCCUAUUCCCAAGAGAGCUCUCCCCAGGAUGGGAAGGGCCCGGUGCGGGGGAUUCUGGAUCGAGGAGCCUGCUUGGUUACAUGAGAGAUUAUAUUUUAUUUUUGUUCUCCAUAUGUUAUUUAUUUAAACUGUUAUGAUGCCAACUUGGCUCCCCUCGGAGAGCUCCACACUAAGCUUUAAGUUCUAGGAAAUUACACUGACAUUGUGUCAUAAGGGAAUCUGCGAGCAGCGUUCUGGCCUUCUGCCUUCCUGUCCUCCAUCCGUAAGGGAGCUGUGCUCUCAAUCUCCUGCACCGUUACAUUCUCCAGAAGAUGUUGUAACUGUUGCCUCUCUCUUCUGCUCCAUAUGGCAAACUGCAGGGUUUCCAACCUCCCUGUCUGGAGAGGGCUAUGUGGAAACAAAUCCCCUAGGAGAACCUUUCUUACUCUACCCAGAGAGCCACCUGAAACCUCGUGUCCCGAUCAAGGUCUGUCUGGUGCACAGCAAAGGUGCCCGGUAAUCAGGAGCGGUUUGGGGAGGAGCAGAGAGAGAAGUCCCCAGCUGGGAAUCAUCUGGAGGACGUUUGUUUCUAUGCAUGAUGGGGCUUCACCUCCCUCAGCCAGCCUGGCCUGUGUUCCUCUGAACUGGCUCUCCCAGCUCUGCAGCUGGCACCAUGUUUCCAUAGCCCUGUGAGGUGCCCUCCAGUCCACCAGAGCAGUAAGGAGAUUUGGAGUGAUGGAUGGACAUCAUGCACAGCCCAGCAAGCCCUGGUCAGAUGAUGGAAAUGCCCGCUCCUUGGAGUGGCCCUUAGUAGAGAACUCAGCUCCUAAUCAGAGAGAAACCCAAGCUACUUAUCUCCAAAUGGGCUACCCUGGGCCAGAAUUGCUGAACCAUUUACCACUUCAAAGCCUGCCCUGGUGAUCAGGCAGCAGGUGAAGCAGCUUCCUUGGGAUGGAGCCAGUCUACAAACGUGAUCCCCGUUGAAGGAAUUUUCCAAUAAAGCGCUGCCUGCGGUGCUCCCACCUUGGCUAGCGGCAUCGUUCUUGGCAGCAGUGCCCAUCUGGUAUCAUUUCUGUGGAAGAGCCGGCCAGGCCGACCACCACAGCCCUUCACCCAAAGAGCUUUGCUUGCAGUCAGCAAGCCAGCUCCUCAGCUGGUGCAAAUGCCUAGAGCUCUGCUGCAGUAAAUGGCACUACAUUGAUCUACACCAGCGCAGGAGCUAGUCUGUUUUGUCUACACUCCUAAUUUCCAGUGUGUGAGGGGACAUGGCUGGCUCUGCUUCCCUCACUACAAAACGGUCCAGAUUGCGCUUCCAUUUGUUUGCGACAGAGUCCGAGUAUUGCAUCACUUCCUGCUUCGGGGCUUUACAUCAUUUCCUAGUGGUGGAGAGAUGCCAUAGAGCUGCAAGCACCUGAGGCUGUCGUGUCGGUUCAUUUCCACCCCCUCUGUGCAGCAGCAACACAGCUCCAUUUUAACACCCUUUCGGAGAGCACAGAUGGAAAAUGAAAGUCGAGAUCUCCAGGACUGGCUGCUCCCAGCGGGGAUGGAAGAUCUCGGGUGGCUGGGAUGAAGGCUGAAUUUCCCAGGCACCUGGAUGGCAAAUGAAGGGAGUGGGGCUCAGGACCAGAGUUCACGUGGUGCUGGGACAUGGCGGGAGGGCCCUUUUGGGCCCAUUGUCAUGUCUGUGGGAGAGACUGAUGCUGCUAGGCACAGUGACUGCUUUGAAACCUUGAGCGCAUGGGAUGCUUUGUUGCCCAUUGGCUUUUCUAUUUAUGAAGAGCACCGGCCAUUGAGAGCAGCCUGCGCACAGACCUACUCGGGCAGAGAGAAGAAUGAUGGAAGGGGUGUGGAGCUGGCUGGAUCCAUCAGUCCCUGCCGAGAUUAUCUGGCUGGCUCUUUUAUGGACUUGAGUUUUAUUUCCUCUGGCCCUUUCUUUCUUUCCAUCCUGCCCCUGCUUUACUCCCUCCUCGUAUUUCCCUUCUGCUCUCUGAAUUCAGUAAAGCCGGACAUCCAGCAGCUGAGGAAAACCCAUUCCCAUGGGUGGCUUUGCCUGAUUUCCUCUCCGGCCGAUUGCAAACGUCACUUUCAAUGGACUACACCUCCAACCCUCCCCUGCCAACAGGUAUUGCCAUAGCUCUUCCCUUCCCCGCUGGUGUAUUAAGUUCACUCGGUCUGUUUCCAAAGGAGGGGUGCCUUGGACCUCCCAGCUUGACAGAACCUUCCCCCAUAUCCUAAACCUUCCCCUUCUGAGAUGGAAAACAACAGCCCCAGUGGACCUGAAUACUUGGACUGAGCCCCUCACCGUUCCACCACGUCAUUGGACUGGAGUAUUAUGUACACUUAUAUAAAUAUGGCUGGGAGAGGCUUUGGUUGGGUAUUUAUAAUCUGUAUAUUUUAAUAUAUAUAUUAUAUAUAUAUAUACAUGCUGCACUGUAUUGCCAAAUUCUUGUGAUACCCCUUCCCCCUCCCCCCUCAGAGAGCAGCAGCAUCCCACACAAACUGAGGGUGAUUCACAUGCAGGCCUUUCUCUGCCAUCGUCUUUAGCUCCAGGUGCCACUUUCCUAUGCUGUUUACACCAGAAGAUGGCUGGUGAAUCCAUUUGCUGGUUACGGAGCUGGUCAUGCGCCGCCGCCUUGUUUUAUUUAUUCUGUACAGCGCCAGCCGAGGAUUAGCAGCUUCAGAGAGUGGCCUGAAAGCACAAACCCUUCUGGAAAUAAGGGAUUGAUUUGGAGCUCCUUCCCCCAUUGAUUUCAGUGGAGUUGCUUUAGAUGAACGCUGGGAUAAUAGAUCAGAAUCUGUCCCAUAGGGCCAAGUCCUUCCUGAACUCGGGUUUACCUGGACCUUACCCCGGCAAGGGGCUGAGAGCUUUGCCUAAGGAAAGGCUUUGGCAUUUGGCUCCUAUUAAAGGACUCUGCAAUACUGUUCCUAAGUACUGCAGCUGGGAGCAGUGCUGGGGCCACAGCUGGAGGAUACUGGGCUACAUCUACUACUGAGAGCAAUGUGUUUACACCAGCUAGGGAUUUAGCCCGUUGGCUCCAGCAGAGUGACACUAAUUUCCACCAGAUCUGGCCCUCAGUCCUUAGGCAAAACAUGUCUUUAAAAUCAGUGGGAGCUUCUAGAGUAGGUCCUGAGUAAAUCCUUCCUGGCCUCUGGCUUUGGCUCUUUGACUUUGCUGGGAAUUUUGCUUUAGUCAGGAUCACACCCUUUCUGAGAGGACGGUCCCCUCGGGCGGGUUUAUCACGUUCCAGCAGAGACUACGCAUGUCGCACCUUGCGAUUGGGUGUGGCCCUGCUGGAGGGAGCAGACACUAGCCCUGCUCUGCUGGGCUGGAAUCCUGUCCCCACUUAGACCCACACAGUGGUUUCAGUGGGAUCACACUGGAGUCGGUAAUGGCAGAAUCUAGGGUGCAGAACGAGUGGGCCCCAGAUGCUCCCUUUCCUCCUGCAUGCCCACGUCCACAGCUGCACACUGAGCAAUAAGGUGUUCAGGACCUGCCUCCUGCCCACCGCCACCCCCCAUAAGGAAUCAGCUCUCAGGGAGACGCAGACCCUCCCUUGGACAUCAUCCUGACCACAGAGGUGCUGGGCCAUGAGGAAGGGGGGGAGGGAUAACAUCCUUCCCCCUGGAGACCACCCCAGGAGGUGGCAUGAGCUGACUGCCAGUUUAGCACCCCUUCUUCUUGCUCAGCUGGUGGGGGAGGGGCUCUUCGAUAGGGCGCUGCCUGCAGCCCACAGGAGGUCCCUGGUUCAAGUCAGCAUUGCAGCAACCUGCAUGAACAGAGGGCCAGAUUCUGCUAUUGCUGACUCUCGUGCAAUGCCACUGAAAUGGGUGGGACUGUGUGGGUGUAACCACAGGCUGGAUUCCAGCCCAGCAGAGUCUGCUGCCUACAGCAGGCCACUGGGUUACUCCUUGACUGCCCUCCCCCCAGGGCUGGACCUGGAGAAGAACUGCAAGGCAUGGCUGGCCACCUGCGUUCCGCCCCCAUUGCUGUCGGUCAGAUGGCGUGGGAGCAUGGGCUUACAAAUGACAAAGCUGGGCACUGUGGGGUGACUUGGUGGGAAGGCUCUGGGUGGCUUUCCAUCCACCAUAGACAGGACCAGUUCAGCUGCAGGUUCCUUCCCAGGCGCUCCGUGCAAGCGGGGCAUCGGGGUCUCAGGCAGCUCUUCUGCGUGGAUUAGUGGUGCAAGUUCAAGGCAUCGGAGAAAGGGUUUUUUGAAGGCUCCCAUUGCCUGCAUGGCAGUUUGCCCGAUUAAGGAUGUGUUGCUAUCGCCUCCAUGACAAGGACAGAGCCUGUAAAUCCCACCUGCAGUGCUGGCUACUAUGGCACAUGGAAGGGUUUGGAUCAUGACUAAAGCAAACUGAACUGAGUUUAGAAGGGAAAAUCCACCGCCUCCCCCACUCCCUGCGGCUCUGGCGAGGUUCAUUCUCGAGCUACUCUUGUUGGGGGUUUUGGUUUGGUUUUGUUUUUUCCUGUAUGAUUUUUGAGUAGCAACUAAAACAAGGUGCCUAAAGUUGACCUGCUCUGUGCUCUGUAGUAGGCUGCAGCCGCAUAGCUCCGAGAAGGCAGCAUCCAGGACAGCAGGGCGCGCCUGCUUGAUGACACUCAUACAUGCCCCUCCCCUCCCUGGCAAUAGCAUAAGUACAGCUCAUCACGCCAUGGGCAAACCUCAACCAGACCUUUCCCCCUUCACUCUAGCUGCCCCUAACCUGGCAGCUUUGGUCCCCUCGCUGCUUCUUCAGCUGUCUGCCCACUGCAAGAAUCCAUCUUCCUCUGACGUAGCUGGGACUGGCCAGUUGUAGACAGGCCUGGGUAGACCAUUAGGUUGAUUCACUCUGGCAAGCCCUUUGUUUAGCACAGCCAGGGCUGUGGGGCAGGCUGCAGGCAGCGCCGAUGAGAAUGCAUAGGGCUGAGUAGCUGUUGGGGGCUUCACCUGAAUUCUGUCCAUUAGGGAGGGAGAGGCAUGGCUUAGUGGGUACAUUCUGCGACUGGGAGCCCAGGGUCUCCUGUGUUCCAAUCCCAGCUCUGACUCCAGAUCGUGCAAUGCUAGUCAUUUCUUUCUCCUUUCUGCCUCUGUUUCCCCAUCUAGUGUCAGGAUGGUUAACUAGUUAUGUUUGUGGAAUGUGCUGGAUGCAAUAUUAUUAGGUGUAUUAUCACAGUGCCCAGGGGCCUUAACUGAGAUCAGGGCUGCAGGGUGCUGCACAGACACACGUAGUAGGAGAGAGCCCCUGCUCCAAAGAGCUUACAGUCUAGAGGGAAACUGAGACCCAGAGAAGGGAAGGAACUUGCCCAGGGUCACCCCGUAGGGAAGUUCAGAGUGGGCUUUAAAUUGCUACUACUUGAUUGAGUUCGGGACUCAGAGAGAAACGGAGAAGGGGGAGCAAAAUUAGAGCCUGAAAGUUCAGCCUGGACUCCCCCAAAUUUGGGGGCACUUGGAGCUAGGGUUUGGGUUCAAACUCACCUCUCGGAAACACAUUUUGUGGAAACCCCCGAAGUUGGGGAAGCCUCAACAUUUAACAGCAAAAAUGUCAGAGUUUCUACAACUCAAGAUCUCCUGCCUGACCAUCUUGUGCCAUCAGCCUGCUCUUUAAUAGAGGCUGUAAAGCCACUGUGCUGUUGGGGCAUUAACAGCUCCCACACAGCCCCCUUCAGUUCUGUCCCACUUCUUAGGGGACAGUCCCGCAGAGGGCAGACCCAGAGAGAAAAGGCCCACAGAGUGACCAGGACCAGCCAGGAUCUGUGUCCUAGGGCUCAGCUGCCACAUGGAUUGAAACAGGUUCAAUCUCCCCACCUGGCUGCCAGAGAAGAGUGAAUAGCUAGAACCUCUCCAUGCCCAUCCCCAUGCUGAGCAAGGGGCAGUGCUGAUGGGGGCCGAAUGGGAGACCCUGGAGACCAGGAAGCAGAGAACGUAGAAGAUUGAAUGGAGGAGAUCAAAAGGAGUUACAGAUUCCAAGGACAGAGGGGACCAUUGUGAUCAUCUAGUCUGACACCUGGAUAACAGGCCAGAGACCUGCCCCCAAUAAUUCCUAGAGCAGAGCUUUGAGAAAAACAUCCAGCGUUGCUUUAAAAAUGAUCUGUGAUGGAGAAUCCACCAUGACCCUGGUAAAUGGUUCCAAUAGCUCCAACUGGGAAGCAGGGGAAACCCCCAGGACAGGUGAGGUUAGACUAGGGGAUGUUGGCCUGUACUAUGACACAGAGGGAUAGCUCACCCACUAUGGAUCAGCAAUCGCGGGACCGAUCCCUAGCUGGUGUGAAUCAGCAUCACUCCAUAGGAGUCAGUGGGCCAGAUGCCCAGCUGGUGUACAUUGGAGACCCACUGGAGUUGCAACGUUCCAGCAGCUGUGGAACUGGUCUCUCCAGAGAAGGUAACAGUGAAAUGCGAGUGAAACUGAGGAGGGGACUUGGCAGGGCUUCCCACCAGUGGGCAGAGUCAUUACCAACACCCCACCUCACAGGGAAUACAACACACCUGGGCACCUCCCUCACUGGCAAUCAGCAUGCAAAGGCAUGUCAGAUUGGUGCCACCUCCUUGGCUUGGAUGCUGCCUUUCCACGAGGUGCGCAUAGCUCAGCCAUGGGGAAGCCCGUUUGGCUCCAUAUCCAAGAAGCGCACUCAGGUUGCAGUGAAUUUUGGUUCAUUUUGAUGGUACUGUAACUGCCCCCCGAUGGUCUGACCGCUCCCAAACUCGUGUGUCUGGUGUAUCUGUGUAGCGGUGACCCCUCCUCCUCUCUGACUGUAACCUUCGUCCUCUUCAGCCCACGCCCAUUU